AUGGGGCAGGAUGAAGUGUACCUUCAAGUGAUCAAAACGUCCGGUGAGGAAUCCGAAAAGAAAAAUGCUGCGAGCGUUUUGAACCUUCUAAAACGGGGCAAACACUGGGUGCUCGUGACUUUAUUGCUCAGCAAUGUCAUCACAAAUGAAACAUUGCCGAUCGUACUCGACAGAACCCUCGGAGGUGGAUGGCCGGCCGUUCUAGGCAGUACAGCACUGAUCGUCAUCUUUGGCGAAGUCGUUCCUCAAUCAAUCUGCGUCCGCUACGGCCUCCCCAUCGGAGCUUGGAUGGCUCCAUGUGUUCUGAUUCUUAUGUACAUCAUGUCCCCGGUCGCCUGGCCGGUCGCAAAACUGCUCGACAAGCUUCUUGGUGAGGAUCAUGGCACCAUUUACAAAAAGGCCGGUCUCAAGACCCUCGUCACUCUACACAGGACGCUUGGUGAAGCUGGAGAGCAAUUGAACUCCGAUGAAGUCACCAUCAUUAGUGCUGUCCUCGACCUCAAAGAAAAAUCCGUCGGCACCAUUAUGACCCCAAUGGAAGACGUCUUUACCAUGUCUGCCGAUACUGUCCUGGACGAACGAACCAUGGACCUCAUUCUAUCACAAGGAUACUCUCGCAUUCCAAUCCAUGCUCCCGACAACCCCAUGAAUUUUGUCGGUAUGCUGUUGGUGAAAAUGCUCAUUACUUAUGACCCUGAAGAUGCCAAGCGAGUUCGCGACUUUGCUUUGGCCACCCUUCCCGAGACAAGACCAGAGACAAGCUGUCUGGAUAUUGUCAACUUCUUCCAAGAAGGAAAAUCACAUAUGGUCCUCGUUUCCUCAUACCCCAGCGAAGACCGUGGCGCACUUGGUGUUGUCACUCUUGAAGAUGUGAUUGAAGAGCUUAUUGGAGAAGAAAUCAUCGAUGAAUCCGAUGUAUUCAUUGAUGUUCACAAGGCGAUUCGUCGAAUGGCUCCUGCUCCCAAAUCUCGUGUUCCCAAGGGCCAGAUCGUCGAGGAACCACCCAUGGCGACCCCUCUUGCAGAAGGCGAACUGAUUGAUAUGGAUGGCAUGUCUUCCUCAGCUCCCAAGCCUGAUAUUCCACGCCGUCGCAGUUCUGUCGAGCCCCCUCCACCCCGAUUCCAACUUCGUCGCCCCAAUGGGGACAGUAACAACAACAACAAGCAAUCUGAUCUAUGGUUUACACAGAGAGGUGCGACUGACGAGAUCCGGGAACAUCUCAAACAUCUUGGGCCUUCCAAUUUGGCGAGCCGUCCGCGACAGACUCGAUACCAUAACGUCAAAAUCAAGCGCAGCGGCGAGUCUCCCUCUCGCUCCGCACAAACAGAUCUUGACUCCGGGCGCAGCCUGAAUGAGUCCCAUCUUCAGAUAAACUCACCGGCGUAUCAAGGUGGCAUCGGGGCUGGCCUUGUGGGCUCAGGCGUCGAUGCUAAGGACGGCGCGCAUGCGUUGAAACUUGGUUACGGCACAAUUUCCCCACAAGAAAGUGUCACAAAAUCUACGAAUGCGCAGCAAUUCAAGGAUCUUCCCCAGGUCUCCAUUCCAGAGUCUGUCCGCGAAGAGCGCGAGGAUCAAACCCGCUCUGCCUCAACCCGCCAAAACAGCAGCGGCACUGGUAGCGUCCGGUCCACCGAAUCUCACACCGAAUUGAUCUAUCACCACCGUGGACCAACUCGAAGCGGUAGUAUCACUGAACAGAUUGUGGAUGUCAAUGGCAUCCGAAAAGUUGUCCUACACACAAACGGAUCAGGUUCUUCCUCCGAAGGUCAAAACUCCCCACAUGAUACUCGUGACUCGUCGCCAAAUCGCCAACAUGCCACUACUGAUUCUCAGGGUGCCCAGCAUCCACACUCCAAAAAGCGCCGUCGCCGAAAGCAUGGAAAACCUAAGUCCAAGAAGGCCGGCUCUUCUGAAAACCAACCCCUUCUGCAAUAA